AGCGGUCUGCUGCCUCCACCCCACAUAUUUAAGGGCCCUUUUUGUGGCUCCGCAGAGCUGACAUGAACAUCUUCACUAAGGCUCCAGGACUAGCCCAACAAACCAGCAAGCUGGGGUCCGUGCUCCAACGUGCCUUCUAUGGGUCCAGUGGGAGGGUGACCCUUUUUGAGCAGCGAAACUUCACUGGGAGACGACUGGACCUGAACUCCGACUGUCCCAGGAUCAGUGACAAGAACUUCCCAGAGAGAUGUAACUCUGUACAGGUGGAAAGCGGAGCAUGGGUCGGGUUCGAGAAUGAGAACUACCGGGGCCGCCAGUACCUGUGGGACAUGUCGGACCGGGGCGAGUACAGUUGCUACGACAAGUGGUGCGCCCAAGUCGACCGCAUCUCCUCCGUCCGCUCCGUGAAACAGGACAAUAACACUCCCAGAGCUCAGCUGUUUGAGCGAGCCGGUUUCUCUGGGAAGAAGAUGGAGAUCCAGGACGACAUUCCCAACUUGCUGGGUCGCUACAACCUGAACAGAGUGGCCUCCAUCCGCGUCCUGGGAGGAGCAUGGGUGGUCUAUCAGGAACCCAACUACAGAGGACCUCAUUACGUUCUGGAGAAACGAGACUACAACAACUUCUCCGACUGGAACAGCCAGAGCAUCACCGUGGGCUCUAUGCGUCGAGUCCGCUUCAACUGAACCAGAACCAACCCAAACCAAACACUCAAAGAACCUGUCAGCUUGAUACACAAUAAAGACUAUUUUAGUAAUGAAAA